UUACAAGUUCGCGAGUCACAGUAAAUCGUGUCGCGCGUCGUAGCCACACCGCGCUGGACACACUGCUAGUUAAUCAUUUUUUUCUUAUAAAAAAAAUACUGCGUUAUCCUGUCAAGAGUUGACAAGAUAACACUCAACAUGGCGUCAGCACUCCAAAUCUUAGCCACGCUGGUAUUCGCCGGUGCGACGGGCCAAAACCUGAACGUAGCCGAUAAGAUUGGCCGAGGUCUCGGCAAGGAGUUAGCUGCUGUUAAGCAACCUAUCGACGAAACCCUCACUUUUAUAGGAUCCAGCCAAUGUUCGAAUGUAAAAAAACUGAUCGGAGUUGAAUAUGAACAAGUCAAAGGGAUCAGAGAGCCAGACCUAAAUCAAUUAACACUUAAUUUUCUCUCACAGUCAUUCCGUGUAACGUACAACAUCACAGCAGCAGCCGAGCUUGUGCCGCUGACCAGGGGCUACAAUCACAACCAGAACCUGAUCAUCUUCAUACACGGAUUCACUGACGAUCCUACGACGGCCACUGCGAAUACUAUUAGCAAUGCCUUCCUAAGUCAAGGAGAAUUCAACAUUCUGGCCCUGGACGGGAGCUCACUCAUUAAAUGGCUGUACCUUCGUUCGACAACUUACGUGCGCUUCAUGGGAGAAAAACUCGGGGCGACUUUAGCUGCUAUGGUUAAAGGAGGCAUGAACCCUCGAGCUAUUCACCUAAUCGGCCACAGCCUCGGCUCCCACAUCGCAGGGUUCACCGGGAAAACCUUCACCGACCUGACGGGAAGGCGCGUCGGCAGGAUUUCAGGACUGGACCCGGCCGGCCCGUGCUUCAGCAACAUCGACCCCGAACUGCGGCUCAAGGCGACUGACGCUGACUUCGUGGACGUCAUACACACGGACGCCGGAGUAUACGGGCUCAGGGAUGCCGUAGGCCACGUGGACUUUUUCCCGAACAGCGGCUCCCAGCAACCGAACUGCUUGCUGCAGACGUGCAGCCACAGCCGAGCCUGGCUCUACUACGCAGAGUCCGUGGUCAACAAGGAAGCCUUCCUCGCAGUGCCUUGUAAGGACUGGGACGCCUUUAGGAAGAAUCAAUGUGGCGCCGAGAUAAGCAUUAUGGGCUACGGCAUUCGGCCGAGCGCCCGCGGGAUAUACUUCCUGCGCACCGCCGAGGACUCCCCCUACGGGCUCUCCCGCCGCGGGACGGUCUAUGAGAACAACGAGGGCGUCAUCAGGACCAUCGGCUCCAAGAUCCUCGGGUGAUACCAGCGGGCUUGACCAACCAAUACAGCUCAUAUUCUCAUUAUGACAUUAUACACAAUAUUCAAUACACUAUAUUCAACACAUUAUCUAUAUAUUAAUACGUGAAGCAAAAACUUUGUAUCCCUUUUUACGAAAAUUGCGGGGACGGAGGAGUAUGAAAGGACAAACCCG